GCUGCCGAGCUGCCCCCUCGCCCGGGCUCCGUUUGCCGGCGCACGCCGACUUUCCUCAGCUGGCGGGGGCAAAGUUGUGUCCCGCGUGAGGGCCCGCGCGCCGGGGAGCCGCAGCCAGUCCGGUUUCGGGCGUGGAGUUGUCCGUUUCACUCGCCUCUUGUCCCCUUUGUCUCCUCUCCCCAGGCCGGACUCCCAGGAGCGGAGAAAUCUCAGAACAUUUCACGGAAAUGCCGGGGAGAAGAGCCCCGCUAGGAUGAACGUAGGCCAGUAAUUGCUGGCUUGUGCUGGCUGCUCAUUCUCCAAGGGGAUGGUAUGGACCAAAAUGAGGAAUCCGUGUCUGUCGCUGAUUGCACAGUGAGAGAGAAGCCAGCCGCGGACUGAGGCCGCCCGGCAGGACAUGGACCCCUGUGAAGAUCUGGAGAUGCCCGGCGGGAAGGCUCCUGACCCCCGGCGACUGGAGGCCCACGAAGAGGCUCUGUGUGGAGAGUCUGAGAUGUGGAGCCCCAAGUUCCAGCUGCAGAGGAAAUACGUGGAGAGCAGCAACAGUGAACAGCAAGAUCGAAACAGAGUUUCUGAAGAACUUAUAAUGGUUGUCCAAGAAAUGAAGAAAUAUUUCCCAUCAGAGAGACACAGUAAGCCAAGCACUCUAGAUGCCCUCAACUACGCCCUUCGCUGUGUACACAGUGUGCAAGCAAACAGUGAGUUUUUCCAGCUUCUCAGUCAAAAUGGAGCACCUCAAGCAGAUGUGACCAUGUACAGUCUUGAGGAGCUGGCCACUAUUGCUUCAGAACACACUUCCAAAAACACAGAUACCUUUGUGGCAGUGUUUUCAUUUCUGUCUGGAAGGUUAGUGCACAUUUCUGAACAGGCUACUUUGAUCCUGAAUUAUAAGAAAGAUUGCUUGGAGUCCUCUCACUUUGUUGACCUGCUUGCCCCUCAAGACGUGCGGGUGUUCUACACGCACACUGCCCGAGCUCAGCUCCCCUUCUGGAACAACUGGACCCAAAGAGCAGCUUCGCAGCACAACUAUGCUCCUGUGAAAUCCUUCUUCUGCAGGAUCCGUGGAGGGGAAGGCAGAAGAGAGCAAGAGAAAUACUACUCCCCAUUCCGGAUUAUUCCCUACUUGAUUCACGUACAUAGCCCUACCCAUCCAGAGCCGGAACCUUGCUGUCUCACGCUGGCUGAAAAGAUUCACUCUGGUUAUGAAGCUCCUAGAAUCCCAGUGGAUAAAAGAAUUUUUACCACAACACACACCCCAGGGUGUGUUUUUCUUGAAGUAGAUGAAAGAGCGGUGCCUUUGCUGGGUUAUCUACCUCAGGACCUGAUCGGAACAUCCAUCUUAACAUACUUGCACCCAGAAGAUCGUUCUCUGAUGGUUGCUAUACACCAAAAAGUCUUGAAGUAUGCAGGCCAUCCUCCCUUUGAACAUUCUCCCAUUAGAUUUUGUACUCAAAAUGGAGAUUACAUCAUAUUGGAUUCCAGUUGGUCCAGCUUUGUGAACCCCUGGAGCCGGAAAGUUUCUUUCAUCAUUGGUCGACAUAAAGUUCGAACGAGUCCACUAAAUGAGGAUGUUUUUGCUACCAGAAUAAAAAAGAUGAACAGUAAUGACAAAAACAUAACAGAAUUACAGCAACAAAUUCACAAACUUCUGUUGCAGCCAGUUCACGUGAGCGCUUCCAGCGGCUACGGCAGCCUGGGGAGCAGCGGCUCGCAGGAGCAGCAGGUCAGCGCCGCGUCCUCCAGCGGGUCCAGCGGGCACUGCGUGGAGGAAGCACAGAGGGAGCCGAUGACCUUGCAGCAGGUCUAUGCCAGUGUAAACAAAAUUAAGAAUCUGGGUCAGCAGCUCUACAUUGAGUCAAUGACCAAAUCAUCAGUCAAGCCAGCGAGGGGGACACACACAGAACUGCUUGGUGGUGAUGAGCAGAAGGCCUUUUCUUCCUUUCAGACAUUGAAAAAUAAUAGCCUGUGUACUGAGUCUUAUGAGGAUUUGAGGAAAGAUGAGCACAGCCCAUCCUAUCAACAGAUAAAUUGUAUUGAUAGUGUUAUCAGAUACCUGAAGAGCUACAACAUUCCAGCUUUGAAAAGAAAGUGUAUAUCCUGUGCAAAUACAACUUCUUCAUCCUCAGAAGAUGACAAACAGAACCUCAAGGCAGAUGAUGUCCAAGCAUUGCAAGCUGUUUCUGAGAUCCCAGCCAUACCUAAGUCAGAAAUGCCAACAAAUGCAUGGUCCACAGACGCUGGAGGAGCAGCUCCGCAGACCUUGUCCACCGCGGCGCUGGGCCUGGGCUCGGGCGUGAGCCAGUGCAGUUACAGCAGCACCCUGGUCCAUGUCGCACCCACGGAGCCAGCAGAGGAUGCUACCCUAGCAUGUGAGCCCUGGACCCUAAACACACAGCCAGUUCCUUUGACCUCAGAAGAAUUCAGAAGUGUAGGGCUCACAAAGGCUGUUCUAUCAGCCCACACACAGAAGGAAGAACAGAAUUACGUUGACAAAUUCCGGGAAAAGAUCCUGUCAUCACCCUACAGCUCAUAUCUUCAGCAAGAAAGCAGAAGCAAAGCUAAAUAUUCAUAUGUUCAAGGAGAUUCUACUUCCAGGCAGACAAGAUCAGCUGGUUGCAAGAAAGGGAAGCACAAACGCAAGAAGCUGCCUGCGCCGUCCGGCAGCAGCAGCUAUGAAGCUGGCUCCGGCUCCCGUGCCGGGGGUGCGCCUGGGCACACGCAGCCCUGGUGCCCUUCCACUGCCCCCUGUCCUCACGCCUCCAGCCUGGCACUCCCGUCUGCUGUGAUGAUUCCCAGCCAGGCCCCUUAUCUCAUCCCAGCUUUUCCCCUCCCAGCCACGGCCUCUCUGGGGAGAGAAUGUGCAGCGUCAGGAACUGCCCUGGAGCGUCUGCCUGAGCCGCCGCCCUCCAGUGGCUUGCUGUCCCUUCCAGCAUUCCCUUCUCCUUACUUGGACACUUUUAUGACCAUUUUCCUGCAUGACAUCCCCGUCUGUCCUCUCUUGUCAUCAGCGCUCUUUCCACAUCCAUUCUUGGGAGCAGCAGGCUCUUUUGAAAUCUCAGCAAUGGCUCCAAACCUAGGGCCACCACCUGCAGUCACCAGCCCCAGGGGAGCCGAGGAAGAGUGGGAGACUCACAGUGGCGAACACCUGUUUAUUAACUCAAGGAGUAGCUCACCAUUGCAGCUGGACUUACUUCAGGAGGAGAUGCCCAGGUCUUCUGAAUUCUCAGACCACGUGAAACGAGAUGUUUACCUAGAAGCUGAGCAUCAAUGUGUUAUAGGCAAGAGUGGGAAUAAGAAUGGUCAUUCAGCUGCCAGCGUGCUGUCCCCAGUGUUACUGUGCAAGGAGUCUCCACCUGGAGCCGGUUCUGCAGCGUCAGGAAGCAGUGACAGCAGUAGUGAUUAUUCUUCUGAAAUAUCCCAAAAUGGGCAGCAAUCUCAGGAUGCACAGAAAAAAGAAACAUUUCCCAGUUUAGCUGAAGAGUCCAUCUGGAGGAUGAUACAACAAACACCCGAGAGCAUUCUAAUGACGUAUCAGGUACCUGAGAGGGUUAAAGAAGAAGUACUAAAAGAAGACCUAGAAAAGCUAGAAAGCAUGAGGCAGCAACAGCCCCAUUUUUCUCAAGGGCAAAAGGAGGAGCUGGCCAAGGUGUAUUCUUGGGUUCAAAGGCAGACUAUCCCUCAAGAAAUAGACACCCAAGUAUUAAGAUGUGUGAAGGUGAAGAUUCAGGUUAAAAAUUAUAACAAGAGAAUAAAGGGCUGUGUCACUUGUGACAACAAAGCUUCAGUUGAUGAUGCUGCAGAGCCCUGUGGUCAGGAUCCCGCAGAAGACCGCGGCUGAGUGGCUGUGAAGCUGUACCCUUAUACCCUUUCCGGGACGUGUUGGACAAAUAGCCCUUUUGUUUAUCUCCUUAAAUCCUGUACUGUUAAAUGACUAUGAAGCUAUAAUUGAAUGUUAAGGUUUUUCCUUACUGAUUUUUUAAUAGACAUCAUUUUUCUGAA